AUGGAGGCGAUGCUGUGCUUGCAGACAUCGGCAUUUGAGAAGCUUGCUUCGGCUGUGCAGGCUGGCGCUGGUUUCAGCAGCAUGAGCAGCCAGUGGGCAGCGACAGCCCAGCUCUUCGAUUCCAGUUUGCAGAACAGCCUUUGCUUGACACCAUCCUCAUGUGCGAGCACGACGCGAACAGCUCCCUUCCGAACACCAACACCACCACCUCGCACUCGCGCCGGGGCCAUGAAAGGCGACGGCAAUAGCAGUGACUACUCAGACGACUUUGAAGCACCGGCCCCUCGCCCGCAGCCACCGCAGCCACCUGGGGCCCCAGUGCCGCCACCAGGUCCAUCUCCACAAACUGUGCCUCGCCCACCUGGCCCUCCCAUGCAAGUGGCUCCUGCAACCCCUUCGGUUUCACUUGCUCCUGCGCUGCCAGCAGCACCAGCACCAAGCAGCCAACAUCAAUCGAUGCCUCCACCCCUGCCACCAGGCGCACACACGAUGCCGGCCGCUCCCACACCUGCGAAGGCGCCCUUGAUGCCCAACCCUCCCAUGCCACCAACCACAUCACCCGCACCACCUGCAAUUGUGCCUCACGCACCCCUGGCACCCAGCAUACCAGCUGCACCCCUCCCGCCUGCAGCACCUGCGGCGCCUGCACCGCCGACACCUCCAUCGUUGCCAUUCGGCACGUACGCAGGUGAAGCAACACGGGAUGAUGAAAGCUUACUGCGAAUCCUGGGCGAGGUCAGCCCGCCACCACCACCGACUCGAUCUCCAACAGCUUCCAGGAGCCCGAGUCGCCGCUCUCGGAAGAGCCCGGGUCGCAAAGGCGAUUCACCUCAGGAAGCCACCAAAUGCAAGAGCUCUGCCAGCAGAAGCAAGGUGGUUGUUCAGCACCUUGCAGAACUCUGUGAGCCCAUCAGCAUGGCACUUUGCCUGUCGGACUUCAUCCUGGAGAAGGACGCAGAUGGUCUGCAUUGGACGCUCAUGUCGGAUUCAGUUCCAUGGGAGGGGUUGGAAAGAUGCCAGUCGUACGCAAGUCUUCUCCACAGCCUGGAGCAGUCAACGCAGCUGACCUUCGAGUGGCCGCAGGUCACACCGCCUGCACCCGACCUCAUGUUCGUCUCCUACGAGUGGAUAUGUCCACAAUUCCUGGAGCGAGGAUUCGAUGUCCCGCAAGCACUGCGGGCCUUGCCAACACUGAUCCAGGUGCCGGAGGCUUCCAGCGCGGUCGCGCUCCUUCGCCGUGUCAUACCUGGCAUAGAGGACUUCAUCGACGGGCCACCUCGGAAUCUCUGGCAACUAUCUGGCAUGGACAGAGUUCCUCAGAAGCUGCGAGAGCACGUCCUGAAAGACUUCACCGACUGGGGUUUUCCUACCAGAUCUUCUGCAGGUGAGACCUGCCGCUUGCUGGCCGCGCACUUGCACCGGCCCUUCGACCUGUCUCCUCUCCUGGACGUGGGUUCUCUGGCCAGGUGUCCCGACAGUGUCGCCGGUGUGUUGUUGCGUCGAGAAGCUGGCCGCUUUAUCCCUUUGCGUGAAGCAGCUGAGUACUACGGGCGCGCUGCCCUGCUACUCACCAAAGCUGACAAGCUCCAACACCAUGAGUGGAACCGGACUGCCACAGAUCUCCAAAUGGAACGCCAGCAUUUGCUCCACGAGGCUCGCGAAGCUCUGGGCAUUGCCCUGCACGGCCUCCCUGGCCCCAGAGGCCAGAAAAAGUCGAAGGAAGGCCCGCAGCGGCGCCCUGCGAGCUCCGAUCCGCGCAUCUGGUACCUUUUGGGGCUGGUGAUGUGCAGCCUUGGAUCGGAAUCAGAAGGGCGACAGGCAUACCGUCAGGCCCUUUCGCUCUUGCCCAAGGGCUUGUUUGCCCAUGCGGUUUACUUCAAUUCCGCCUUGAUCUACUCCCGGGACGCAAUGGCAGGGAACUCGGCUGCUGAGGCAGCCGCAAAGCGUGCACUGCACGAGUUCCGACGCUGUUGCCGCUGCAUGCUGAGGAGCUGUGUGGGAGGGUCUGUCCGUGUCAUGUCGCAACGAUGGGUUUGGCGCGAAGCAAAUGCUAGUGCCGCCUUACACGAAAACGCCCGUAGCUUGUCCUGCCUGGCCGAGAGAAGAGCCGUUUGCUUAUUUCGCAUGUUGGUGUUAUUGGCUUGGUUGUAUGCAUAG